CAAAAGGAGCAGCUUCCUGUUUACCAGCCAGCCUGAGACAAAGUGGCUGUGCUUCCCGGCUGUGCGGCACUUGGCUCACAGGCCGGGUUCUGUCCGUCAGGACGGCGGCCUGAAUGCUUGCUCUGUGCUCAGCCGGCGCCCCCACGGCCUGGGGCCUGGAUGCAGGCCACCCUCGGGAGGGCCCUUCUGCCUGGGCUCCAGAACCGCCCCUGGUGUCCUCAAGGGGUGGCGGCCUCCUUAGUGUGCCUUCCCAUGGGGCCCCGUCCAGGCAGAGGCCUUUGCUGGAACCUGAAUCUAACCAUAAAUUCGUGUCUUUUGUUUUUCAGUCUCCAGGAAGCAGGAUGUCAGUGCCUCUGGGGAAACUGGUCUUUUUCAGCAGCGUGGCCACUAGCGGGACGUGCACCCUCUUGUAUUUCCUGAUACAGAAAAUGUUCUCUAGGGCUUCCUAUUACCAGCUGGCACUGGAGCAUCUGCACAGCCACGCUGAGGCCCUGGAAGCCCUGGGCACCCCUCUCAGCGUUCACUAUCUCCAGCUUACCGACAAGUACAACUUUGAGGACAUCGCCGAUGCCCAGCUGAAGAUUCCUGUCUCUGGACCCAAGUCGGAGGGCCACCUCUACGUCAGCUCGUCCAGAGAGGGCCCCUUUAGGAGGGCAGUGCCAUCGUCUCUCCCGUGCUGUUGGAUUUGGAGAAGCUGACGGUGGUGGGUCUAGUUCAAGCACUGCUGCCUCCGUCGCGACAGAUGAAGAAAGGCGGGGCCUCCUGUUCCAGGAUUAUUCAUCGCAUUCUCUGCAUCAGCUCUCCACCCCGUUCAGUGGCUUUUCUUGUCUGGUGGCCAGUAGCUCUCUCAGAGAUGUUUGCGGUUGAGCCAGGAUGGGUUUUAAUUCCCGAGGACACAAGGAGAAGGCAGCCCCCCAGACUCGCUGACCCUGAGCCCGGGGUUAGUGAGGAGCCGGAGGUCGAGGGGAGUGAGGCAGCUGGGCAUUGCUCAGCCCACCUUUGUGGUGAUGCUGGUUAGGCGAUGAGAGCCCAGAAUGAAGGGGUGGGACGUUGUUAGCAUGGCGCUACCAUAAAACAGUGUCUAAAAAGUUUAGGACACUCGUCCAAACACCUGUUUUUCUUCUUCUUGACCUUGUCAUUUGCCUCAACGUUUCACUGAUGCCAGACUGACUUCCGCUUC